UAUAUUCCCUUAGAACUCUCUCUAUAUAAAUAAGCUUAGCUAAAGGUGACUACACCUCGGACAUAAGACAGAACAAAGAAGAGACCGUAAAUUAAGUAGAGAGAGAGGAAGAGAGUGAGUGAAAAGAGGUGACAAUGGCGACUCUUACUGUACCAUCUGUGGUUCCUUCUCCUGUUGAGGACGCUGAGCAACUCCGCAAAGCUUUUGAAGGAUGGGGGACAAAUGAGGGUUUAAUCAUAUCCAUAUUGGCUCACAGGAAUGCUCAUCAACGCACACAGAUUAGGCAGGCUUAUGCAGAUGCUUAUGGCAAAGACCUUUUGAAAGCACUAGACAGUGAGAUUUCAGGUGACUUCCAGAGGGCUUUACUUCUAUGGACAAUGGAACCUGCUGAGCGUGAUGCAUAUUUGGCCUAUGAAUCCACAAAGAGGUUCACCUCUAACCAAUGGGUUCUUGUCGAAAUUGCCACUACUAGAUCUACUCAUGAACUGAUUCUUGUAAGGAAGGCAUAUAAUGAUCGUUACAAGAGAUGCAUUGAAGAGGAUGUUGCUCAUCAUACACAUGGAGACAUCCGAAAGCUUCUGUUGCCUCUCGUGAGUACAUUGCGAUAUGAGGGAGAUGAGGUGAACACAACAUUGGCAAAGGCAGAGGCUAAGAUACUCCGUGAAAAGGUCACGGAUAAGGCCUGUAAUGACGAUGAUUUCAUCAGGAUUCUCUGUACUAGGAGCAAGGCACAGCUGAAUGCAACCCUCAAUCACUACAACAAUUCUUAUGGAAACUCCAUCAGCAAGGAUUUGAAGGCUGAUGGUUCGAAAGAUGAAUACCUCAAAUUACUGAGAGCAGUAAUUACUUGCUUGACCACCCCUGAGAAGUACUUUGAGAAGGUUCUGCGCCAAGCCAUCAACAAGGUUGGGACAGACGAAUGGGCCCUUACUAGGGUUAUCACUACCAGAGCUGAGGUUGAUCUGUGUCGUAUCAAAGAGGAAUACCAUCGAAGGAACAGCGUUCCAUUGGCAACUGCAAUUGCCAAAGACACUUCUGGAGACUAUGAGAAACUUCUUAUUGAGCUCACUGGUCAUGGCAAUGCUUAAAACUCAUUGUCAGGAUCUAGAUUCUAGUAGAGACUAGUUGUGAGGGCGUGCAGACUGCAUGCGUUUUGCUGCCAUGUUGCUUUUAUCACAAGUGUCUUGUUUGUCAUAGUUAUCUGCCUUGUGAUGGGUUUGUGGACCUUUUGUUAUUUAAUAAUUGGCAGUUUGAGCUAAGUUAAUUGUUUGUGAAA